UUAGCUUUAGCCAAUCUAGAAGCGCCCAUUUGGGAAAAUGUAAAGGUAUUUCUCUAAAAAAAUACUCCCCAGUUAAAGCAAACAAGGUAGUGGUGAUGGUGGUGGCUGUGGUGGAGGUGGAAAUAGGAUGGUUUUGUGAGUGGUAUUUGAUUGUUUGUAUCUUGUGAUGGAGUAACUAAUGAGAGCUUGUCGCUUCCAUGCUUAAAGCCAAAGGGCUUUAUUCAUUUAGUAUUUCCUUUUCCUUUUAUUUUUGAUGUGAAAGGAGCAAUAGUUAGUAGCUUUCGGGAGGGAGGCAGGGAGCAGAAAUAUAGACUUUGUUAGCAUCAAAUCCAAAGAACUAUUAACCAAACAAGAAGGUUCUUUGUCAGUCUGGGAAACUUCACUCUUCCAGCGUUGCACAGAUAGUUGGCCUUGAAAGAAGAGGGUAAAUAAAGGCAUCCUUUUAAGUUUUAACAGGUGAAGUUAUUUGCGCAAUUGAUUGUAGUUGCUUUGCUUGUUGCUUUCCGAUAUCAGUGCACUCGGUAAUUUUUAUACUAAACAUCUCGAGAAUAGUUUUACCUUUCCUAGUUUAGCAGCUCCAAUCUUGUUGGCCCAUGUGGCCAUAAAUACACACAGACAAUUCUUGGUAUGUUCUAAAAGGAAGUAAGAUCAUCUUUACUGCUAAUUCUUUGCUCCUUAGCAUGAUUGUUAGCAUGUCAAGUUUUUACAAAAUGUCAUUGACAUGCAUUGGAUUUGUUGUUGUUAACUGAGCCAGGAACACAUCAACUGCAGUUGCAGUGUUCACUGUCCUACAAUAGGGAUUUAGACGUAACAGAAGAGAGGUUGUAAAGAGCUACUGAGUAUUAAGGAUGCAAAGCUCUUGCAACAAAGAUGGCCAAUCAUUGGCACCUUUUCUUAUUACUUGCUCUUCUCUAUGGAACUCUACUGAACAAUCAAAGUUUUCUCCUUCCAAGAGUGUUAUUACUGGACCAGAAUCAUCUAACAACGAAUUUUUCCAUGUGAAGCAAUCAGACUUGCUAUUUCAAGAACUGGAUUCCUUAUCAACUCUGUCAACCUGUCAGUCUCAAUACGUUAUGGCUGAUGCUGCAAGAAACAGCCCUUGUAUGCAUACCAUCGGAUCACAGUGUGCUGGUGAUGAAACUCAUGGAAGGCGUGCAGAGCAGUACCAGAGAUCACCUCUUUUGUGUGUCAGUGCAGAUUUUACUGUUAGCCAAGUACAGUUGGAUUAUAACAAGUCAUUGGCUUGCAUACCCUUCCCCAGCAGUGAAUCCUACUUUGGCGGGCUUGUAGCUGCUUAUGGGCCAAAUGCUCUUGUAUGUCCUCCUAUGGUGGGGAUGCUGCAUGCAAGAGUUCCACUUCCUCCUCUUCAAUGUGCAGAGGGCAUGCCUGUCUUGGUCAAUGCUAAGCAAUAUCGUGCAAUCCUCAGACGAAGACGAAUCCGUGCAAAGCUCGAGGCUCAGAACAAAAUGCUCAAGUUCCGAAAGCCGUACCUUCAUGAAUCUCGACAUAAACAUGCGGUAAGGAGACCUCGGGGUUCUGGAGGGCGCUUUUUGAAUAUGAAGGAUAUAAAGCCAUCCAAGCUUUCAUCUCCAAGCUAUACUGAGGAUACUCCUCUUAAAAUGCUUGCUGGAGAUAUAUCUGGCUCGGAAGCUCGGCUCUCAGAAAGUUGUAGUUGGGCAGCUUCCACCCCAUCUGGCUCUGAUGUCACAAGCAUAUUCAAUGGUGAUGACAUCUUCCAACACCCAGAGAAUCAGGUGUCAGCCUCUUCUUUCCACAUGGGCAUGCGUGUCGGAAAAGAUUCAACACAUUUAGAAGCUGGCAACCUGCUUUUCUUAUCCAUUGAUGGACGUGCUCGAAAUUGACUGCAUCUUUAAUUGCAGCUCUGGUGGGCAACUCGCAAUGAAUAUUUGGCAGGACAUCCUUGGCUAUUUUACUACUCUUUGUUCCAGACUUGGAAUAAAAGAGGGGACUUCCUCGUAGGAUAUGUCCCAUUCAGGCAUUCGAUGGUUCCAUGAUUAUGGUUUCCAGAUAAAGAAGAAACGCAUAGCUGGACCAAUGUUGUGUGCUUUUAAUUUUAGUGUCAAUAAAAGGUAAUGAUCCUUAACUACUGCUCAGACAAGGAAUGGUUGUGCUUUCAAUUCCUUUUGUCUGAUGUCUUUCAGAGUCUAUGUUUUUCUUGCAUUUGGUUUUGUAUGGCUGUGUUUGGCCAUCGUUGGUGAUUAUGUCUUGCACUAGCAAAGAUGUACUAAUAAAAACUUUGAUUACCUUGUGUAGUUCGUAAUUGCCUGCCUAAA